ACAGUAAAAUUCGCGAGGCGAUUAAAUUUUUAUCUGAAGGCGAUAAAGCAACAGAGAAGAAUUGGUUUAAAAAACCAGAAUGGGAUAUUGCAGGACAAAGAUAUGAAAAAGCAGCUUCCAGUUUCAAAGCUGCACGUUCAUAUGAACAAGCAAUUCAAGCUUAUCAAAAAGCUUCAGAUGCUUUAUUCAAAUCAGAUUCAUUAUAUAUGUCAGCAAAAGCUAUGGAAUCUUCAGCAAAUCUAGCAAGUCAACAAUUAAAGCAACCUGAACGUGCUGCUGAAAUGUAUAAAAAAGCCAGUGAUCUUUAUUUAGCACAUAUGGUACCAGAUAGAGCUGGUGAAAUGUUAGAAAAGGGCGCAAGAGCAUUGGAGCCUGUAAAUGUGGAUGGAGCAAUAGAAAUGUAUAUGGCAGCAUGUACGUUAUUCGAAACUGAGGAACGUGGAAGAUUUGCAAUUGACACAUUCAAAAGAACCAUAGCAAUAAUGAUUAGGAAUAAAAGAUUUGAGUUAGCUACAGAGAUAUUACAUAGGCUUAAUGCAAUAUAUACUGAUAGCAAUAAUCAGCAAGGAAUCAAUAAAACGUGUUUAAAAGAAUCAGCUAUAGCUAGUUUUUUAUUAGAUGCGUUUGAACAAGGCGAUCAAGAACUUUUAGAACAAGCUGUACGUAGGCAAGUUGUCACUUUUUUGGAUAAUGAAGUUGUGAGACUUGCAAGGAGUUUGCAAGUUCCUGGUGCAUCACAUUGGCCACCUCCAUCACAUUCUUCACAACUACAACAACCACCGCCAAUAUUAUCACAACAAGACCAAUCCUUUAAAUCUCAAAGCCACCAACAACUAAAUAAUCAGGUACCACACGGUCACCAACAAUUAAAUAAUCAAACGAACAUUGGAACACCAAACGAAAAUAUAGUUGAAGAGGAGGAUGAAGAAGCUAACAACUUUAAUAUAGAAAUAGUUUUCAUAAUAAAUUAUAUUUGA